CGUACAGGUCAAAGGCUAUUCUAGAAUUUACUGACUGCUUGUACUACUAGUUCAGGUCUAGGGCACCUUCUUAUUCAGUAUUUCAUAAUCCUGCCUGUUUAGAAUCAAGACUGAACAUUUUGUCGAGUUAUUUUCACAAUGGCACAAGCAUUUAAAAGAUUCAUCCCCAUGUUUGAUAGGGUGCUUGUUGAAAGAUUUCUCCCAGAAGUUAAAACCAAAGGUGGUAUCAUGCUUCCAGAGAAAUCGCAAGGAAAAGUUGUAGAGGCCACAGUUGUUGCUACAGGAACUGGUGCUAGGAAAGAUAAUGGUACUGUUGUGCCACCUAGUGUGAAAGUUGGAGACAAAGUUUUGCUUCCAGAGUAUGGUGGAACUAAAGUUGUAUUGGAAGAAAAGGAGUAUUAUUUAUUCAGAGACAGCGAUCUUCUUGGGAAGUUCGAGAGCUAAGGAUAGGACAUAAAUGUAGUUGUGGCUGGAUUUGACUAUUAUGUAUACAUGCUUGACUUUGAUGUAAUCAGUUAUGAAGUUCUACAAUACUUCACUGACCAAUGUGUUCUGAUAUGAGAGGCAUUUAUAGAUAUUUGCUAAAUGUGAUUUGAUUGUCCAAAUGAUUAGUCUGACUGAAUAUUUUUACUUUUGUUUUAUUUGACAAUAAAUCUCAGAUUUUUUAAAAAAUGCC